AUGGCCGCUCCCAUCGCUGCAACAACCACCGACAACUCCGACCCUGAGCAACUCAUGAGGGAGUUCAUGAAGAGAUUCGGGCCCAAGGAGAAGCCGAGCGAGUUCUUCGCGCGAAUGGCCGAAGAAGGAAAUCUCCAAAUUCCACCUAAAACCCUAGCCCAAGAAAUAACCCCCACAGUACCAACCUCCCACAUCGAAGCUCAAUCCCCUAUUGAAACCCUCGUGGAAAAAGAAGAGAACACCAAAGAGGGGGAGGAUGAAAUUGAAGAAGAUGUGGAAAAGGGUAAGUUUGGGGGAGAUGAAAAAAGUAUUGGGGCAGGGGAUGAGAAGGAGGUGAAACUGACACAAGAGGGUGAUGAGGGUGGUGAGGCAAAGGGAGAUGAGAAGAAGGUUGAGGGUAGUGAGGCAGAGGGAGAUAAGGUGGUUGAGUCUGAGGGCGAGGGGGUAGAAAAGCAAGCCGAAGAAGGUGACGUGGAUAGCGAGGUACAUGAGGAUGAAGAAGAGGGUAAGGGAGAUGAGGAAGCAGUUGAGAGUGAUGUAGCAUCUGAGAAGGCUGGUUAUGAGGGUGUAACAACGCUGGCUAUCGAGGAGAAAGCCAAAAAUCAAGGAGCUGAGAAAGAGAUUGAGGCUGAGAUCGUCUUGAUAGAUGAUGUUACAUCAGAGGACAAGGGAACCCCGCAGAUGAGAGAACAUCUACGAGACAUUCUCGUCGAGCUACGAAGAUGGAACACGCAGCGCUGGCAAACUAGACAGGGGAACUGA